UCUUAGCCAGACUUAACCACAAGAGAUUAACUUGUUUAUUGCCAAUGCAAUAUACAUUGACGGCAAUUCUGCGUCUAUUGUAUUAUUAAAUAUAAAAGGGUAAAAUUCACCAGUUAACGAUCAGUCUCCUUACGGUUGUCGUAUAGUGCGGACGUGGAUAUUGUGUCAAGUUAUCCAGUGAAAUUAAGUGGAUAGUAAUAUGUCUGCCAACGCUUCAACUCCUGAAAAUGUCCUGUUUGGAGAUCGUGAAGAGGAAGAAGAGAUGUUCACCGAUUCGUCAUCAUCUGAUGAGACAUCAGAGUCGGACUUGGAAGACGAGGAGAGUCCCGAAGUUUCGGACGAAGGCGAUCAAUGGAAGGAGACGGGUUCGCUUAAGCAAUUUCCAUUCACCAACACAGGUCAAUUCAACGUAGGUCUAGCGGUCUCUCCGAUAGACUUCUUUGAAUUAAUUUUUAACUCCACAUUCAUGACGACCCUCGUGACUAGCAUUAACGAUCACGCUUUAAAGUUAUGUAAAAACAGUUGGAAAGAAACUACAGUACACGAGUUGCGAACGUUUUUUGCGUUGAUUUUUCACAUGGGACACAUUCGUAUACAUCGAAUCAAUGAUUAUUGGAGUACGGAUUCUUUAUAUAACCUACCAUUCUGUCGUUCAUUUAUGUCUCGCGAUCGAUUCCUGUAUUUGCUCAAAAAUUUGUCUUUUAACGAUGGGAACACAUAUAAAAUUACAGAUCCCAAUCGGUAUCUCAAACCUUUGAUUAACUUUUUCAAUGGACUCAUGAAAGAAUUAGUUUCGCCCCCCAAAAAUUUAGCAAUCGAUGAGGACGUAGUGCAUUGUGGUGGACGUUUAAAAAUUAGACAACACAUCGAUGGGAAAAUGCAUAAAUAUGGAGUUAAGAUGUAUGCACUUACGGACACUAAUGGUAUUACUCAGAAAAUGCAUAUAUAUUGUGGAUCUCACGAUACUGAGGUGCACGGGAGAGGUCAUGCUGAAAAAGUAGUUAUGCUGUUAAUGGCAGAUUACUUUGACGCGGGCCAUUCCGUUUACACAAAUAGUUUCUACAGCAGUGUUGCAUUAGCAGAGAAACUGCUGGAGAAGCGAACCUACUUAACCGGUAUCCUACGGGCCAAUAGAUUUAGGAAUCCAUCCAUGAUUAAGAGGAAAAUCGGCAGAGGUACAUUGCUAACGAGAUAUAAUUCCCGUGGUGUUUGUGUCACGAAUUACAAGAACAAUAGGAAUGUACUGAUGAUUUCAACCGAGCAUCACUCAAAUUUCGAACAGACGCUCAAGAGCGGAAAUAAAAUCCAAAAGCCUAAUGUUGUCAUACAAUACAAUAAAAAUAUCAAAGGCGUUGAUAAGAAAAACCAAAUGUUAUCUUAUUAUCCAUCGUUUAAUAAAUCCACCAGAUGGUACAAGAAAAUUAUUUUGUACGUCACCGAAGUUAUGCUCUUAAAUGCUUUUAUUAUGUUCAAAGAACACGCAAAAGCAUCUGGAGAUUCAAAAACAUCGAUGACAUUUUUAGAUUUCAGAUUGAGUAUUAUUAAAAAUUUACUAAACAUUGAAGGCAUUGACAGUAAUGAUUUAAAUUCAGGCCCAUCAUCUCACAGUCGAAUUGACUCCGCAUCUACCGUAUACCACUUGCCGGACGAGUUACCCAAAAAUAAAAAAGGCAAAAGAAAAAGAAAGGAUUGCAAGCAUUGCCUUGAAAAGCGCAAUGUUCGCAAAGCUUCAAGAUAUUACUGUCCACUCUGCUAUAAAACACCUGGUCUAUGCAUUGAAUGCUUCAGAGAAUAUCACGGGUACUAACAUUGCCGUAACAAGGGAACUCUUCUUGCACAAAAAAGUACCCAAUAGUUUUUUAAAUUCUCUCUUAUCAACGUCUUUCAUUGCUUUAUUGUUUAAAUUUUUUUUCUCAUGUAUUCGCGUUGUACAUUCGUGUCCGUAAUAACUUGAUUUAAGUUUGCUCAAUUAUUUCUGUUAUUUGCAUGUGGUGGAGAUGGGCAAUCACGAUUGGUUGGCCAUCACAGGAGAGCGCGAGGUCGGGGCGCGCUCCACCCGAACUGGGUCCACAUUUUUGUGUCACUGAUCUCAUUUUCUUUUGAAGGUUUUAUCAUAUACUAGCGGUCCGUUCCGGCUUCGCCCGUGGUGGGCUAUCUAACACUGAAAGAGUUUUUCCAAUCGACCAGCAGUUCCUGAGAUUAGCGCGUUCAACCAAACUCUUCAGCUUUAUAAUAUUAUAUUAUAUUAUAUUGCAAGAUCAGCAAAUAUCGGCCAUCGGCUCUCAAGAAGAGUUCUCUACAUCUGCUCGCAUCAUGUGUAUUCACAGAUCAUCAAUUAUAAUGCUACUAGCGGUAUGCUGCGCCCCGCGGUUUCACCCGCGUAAGUCCGUAUCACAGUAUCCAGUUGUCCAGCUGUCUCCGUACCAAAUUUCAUUGCAAUUGGUACAGUAGUUUUUGCGUGGAAGAGCAACAAACACACGCACAUCCUUACAAACUUUCGCAUUUAUAAUAUUAUACUAGGAUAGGAUUAUUUUAAAUUCAUUGUUACUAUUAAAGUACGUUAUAUCCUUUCCUACUAAUCCUACUACGCCUCUACAAAUAGAUUGCCGUCUUCAUAUUGUCAAGGGAUUAAGAUAGGAUUCGCGAGAGGAAUGCAGGAAAAGACUGGGAAGUGGAAAGAAAAGAUAAGGGCCUCCGGCUCCCCCACUCACCGAACAAAACACUGCAGUCUGCUGUUUCACGCCGGACUUCUGUGGAGUUGUGCUACUUCCCCCGGUGCGAGCUGGUCCAAUUCGUGCUGAAGCGUGCUCGGCUACCACAUCAAUAAACCUUAAUGGUCUUACUAAUAAACAUUAAUUAUGCAUUCUGUAUAUCAUUCUGUAUUUCAUUAUAGCGAAAUCGUUACUAAUAAACGAUGUAUGUGUUUGGCAUUUUAACAGUCCUUAUUCAAUUGGUUGACCUUUUAUAGUGUACUAGUAUACCCGGCCACGCAUUGCUCUGUCUGAGUAAUAAUUAAAAAUAUUAAGAU